AUGGCACCUGGUCCUGGAGCCAACCAGAUGGCCAUCUUCAAGGCCCUCGAUGAAGAAAUGGUCCAGCUCUCCGCAGACGCAACGCCGGAAGGACUGGAGAAGUGUGCGCAGAUCGCAAAGACUCUUCUGAGUUACGCAGAACUCCCGCUCGGCCUGCGCUGCCGUGCAUGCAUCGUGCUCGCUGGUUUUGAUGAACCCGGAUUUGUCAACUGGGCUGAAGAAGCCGUUCGCGUGGUGGAGUUGGCUUGGAGCCAGUCGACAGAACACUCGGAGGCCGAAGUCGCGCUGCGUCAACGUGCGCACGAAUGCCUGGCGCAGGCGAAAAAGCAGUUCGAAGAGGAUGGCGGGCACGGCAAGGGCGAGGAGCAGGAUGACCAGGAGAAGAAGGGCGACGAUGAUGAAGAAGAUGACGAUGACGAGUACGAGACCGUUAGGCUCGUAUCAUCUAGCACGGCAUCUGUCGGCCCUGAUGGAAAGGUGACGGUCGUCGUGCACAAGGCACCGUCUCCAGACGCAACCUCACCAGUGGAGCGGCUGGGGAAGGGGAAGUACCGUGUUCGCGUGGAUAUGGGCAUGCGUACGGUCCAGGUCCAGGACCUUGAGACGGGAGAGUGGGAUACGGUGGAUGAUGUGGAGUUUAUCGAGUGAGGUGGCAUCUUGGCACAUUACCUUGCGGUUUGAUGCAGUCCAAUAGAAUGAAGUCAGAAUGAGUGUAGAGAGGUAUCGCAAAGUCAUAACUGCCAGCAAGAAUUGCG